AAAGGGCGGGCGGGGGAGCUUUGAGAAAGCAGCCUCGGGAGAGGAGCGGCGGGGUCAGUGGAAGCAGCGUCCCCUGCGGCCAUGCGCUUCGGGGAGGCCGGCGUCGAGGUGCCUCCCUUUGCGGGGCCGGGGAACCGGAGCCGGGGCUGGUCAGCGCUGGCGGGCUCGGUCGGGGCGAGCGCGGCGCCGUCGAACGGGAGCAGCAGCGGCCUGAGCCCGCGCUUCGGUCGGAACGAGGAUCUGGCGAAGGUGGAAGUGGCGGUGCUGGCGCUGGCGCUGGGGCUGGCGGUGUCGGGCAACGCGGCGGUGCUGGUGGCGCUGUCGCGGACCCCUCGUCGGAAGGCCUCCCGCAUGCACCGCUUCAUCCGGCACCUGAGCCUGGCCGACCUGGCGGUGGCUUUCUUCCAGGUGCUGCCGCAGCUCUGCUGGGAAGCCACGCACCGCUUCUACGGGCCGGACGGGCUCUGCCGGGUGGUCAAGCACCUGCAGGUCUUCGGGAUGUUCGCCUCGGCCUAUCUGCUGGUGGUGCUGACGGCCGACAGGUACAUCGCCGUCUGCCACCCGCUGCAGACCCUGCGCCAGCCCCGGCGGCGCUCCGGGUACAUGAUCGCGGGCGCCUGGGCGCUCAGCUUCGUGCUCAGCACCCCGCAGUACUUCAUCUUCUCGCUGAGCGAGGUGGAGCGGGGCUCCCAGGUCUACGACUGCUGGGCCCACUUCGUCAUGCCCUGGGGGCCCCGCGCCUACAUCACCUGGGUCACCGGCAGCGUCUUCGUGGCGCCCGUCCUGGUCCUGGCCACCUGCUACGGCUUCAUCUGCUUCCACAUCUGGAGCAACGCCCGGGGAAAGGCCCCACGAAAGCAGGGCGCCCGGCAGGGCAGGGGCACCCGAGGGAAGGGGAGCCCUUUGCCGUCGGCCAAAGGCGCCCCCCGCAAGGCUCUGCUCCUGGGCCCUUCCGUCAGCAGCGUCAGGAACAUCUCCCGCGCCAAGAUCCGCACCGUCAAGAUGACCUUCGUGAUCGUCUCGGCUUACAUCGUCUGCUGGGCGCCCUUCUUCACCGUCCAGAUGCGCUCCGUUUGGGAGGAGCACGCUUCUUGGGUUGAAUCUGAGGACAUUUUAAUUACAGUCACUGCUCUUUUGGCCUCUUUGAACAGUUGUUGCAACCCAUGGAUCUACAUGUUCUUUAGUGGACACCUUCUUCAGGACUUUUUACAGAGCUUCUUGUGUUGUCGAAAAAUGAAGCAAAGGCUGAAUAAAGAGGAUUCUGAGAGUAUCAGCCGGAGACAGACAUCUUUCACCAAUAACAGAAGCCCAACAAACAGUGUAGACACAUGGAGAGAAUCCCAACAUUUCUCACAAUCAAUUAAGUUCAUACCUACUUCUUCCUGAAAAAUUAAUUUUAAAAAAUAGUCACGUCAUAAGGGCCAAGACAGCACUUCAGCACUUUAGCAAUCACUUUUUGUGUGGUCAAAGAACUGACAAGAUGGUAGUGAAAUGAAAACUGCUAUUUUUUUUUUUAAAUAUGGUUGUUUGAUAUAAAUGAAAGCUGUGAAUUAUUCUGUAAAAGAUGCAUGACUGUGUAUUCAGCAAAACUAAGAAAACAGAUCAAUACAUGUAAUAUUUUUCUAAAAAGCUAUCAGCUCUAAGUGUUUACUCUCAGCAUUUAUUAUAUAUGUAUACAUACUGUAACACUAAAUGCAGUUGUUAUUUCAUCACAAUAAAAAU